UCUUUUCUUAUUACAUGCCUCAUCAUGGCGUUAUUCGAGAGGCAAGUACUACCACAAAAUUGCGUGUAGUAUUUAACGCUUCUUCAAAAACCACAUCUGGAAAGUCAUUUAAUGACAUCCAAAUGGUAGGGCCCGUAGUUCAAGAAGACUUAUUUUCAAUUUUACUACGUUUUCGCCAGCAUAAGUACGUAGUUUCAAGUGAUGUAGAGAAGAUGUAUCGUGCCAUUACAGUUGAACCGUCACAACGUUCUCUACAACAAAUCUUAUUUAGAUUUAAGCCUAGUGACAAAAUUCAGGCUUACACACUCAAUACUGUCACGUAUGGUACUGCUUCUGCUCCUUACUUAGCCACAAAAUGCUUAGUAUCUUUAUCUGACCAUUGCUCAUAUCCUGAAGCUAAAUUUGCUCUACGUAGAGACUUUUAUGUCGAUGACUUUUUGAGUGGCGGGGAUAGCAUUUCCUCCGUCAUUGAAAUGUGUAAAAAUGUAGAUAUAACAUUAAAAUCAGCUCAUUUCUACUUAAGAAAAUGGCAAUCAAAUAAUAAAGAAAUUUUAAAUUCAUUUUUAGAUAGCUCGAAUCAGAACGAAAAUAGUAAUAAUAAAACUUUAAAUUUGAAUGAAUUAUUGCCAUGUAAAACACUUGGAUUACACUGGGAUCCUUCUUUAGAUAAUUUGUUAUUUUCGAUUAAUUUAGAAACUAAAUUUAAAAAGAUUACAAAACGAAAUAUUUUAGCAAUUGUUAGUCAAGUUUUCGAUCCUCUUGGUCUUUUAGGACCGUGUACUGUAACAUCUAAAAUUUUAAUACAAAAGCUUUGGAUAGAUAAAUGUGAUUGGGAUUCUGAAGUGUCUAAAGAAAAUCAAAAAACAUUUUUAAAUUUCAUAUCCUCAUUAAAUAUACUUAAUAAUUUACGCAUUUCACGGUGGAUCAGUAUUGAUUACGCUGUUUCGCUAGAGUUACAUACUUUUUCAGAUGCGUCAGAGCGUGCAUAUGGAGCAUGUACCUACGUGAGAGCUGUUGACGUGCAUGGCAAUGUACGAGUUACUCUUUUAGCGUCUAGAAAUAAAGUAGCUCCAAUCAAGCCUACAACAAUUCCUCGCUUGGAGUUGUGUGGUGCAGUUCUUGCCAGCAGACUUCACUCUAAAGUGGUAUCGUCUCUUACUUUAAAAUUUCUGAAUUCAUAUUUUUGGACAGAUUCCACGAUUGUACUGUCAUGGCUCAAUACAUCUUCUAAUCAGCUAAAAACUUUUGUUCGGUCUCGUGUAGGGGAAAUUCAAGACUGUACUGCUGGUCACAAGUGGAGCUACGUUCCGUCUAAACACAAUCCAGCAGACCUGGUUAGCCGUGGCACCACAACAGACACUUUUGACCAAUGUUCUUUGUGGUGGACAGGGCCAAACUUUUUAAAACACAAAGAUAUUAAAUUUCCUGUGACACCAAAUACACAUAAUAUAGGUGCAUUACAAUCAGAAAUUUCAUUACAUUUAUCAAAUUCAGAAAAUAAUAACAAAAACAUAAAUUCAUUACAAAAUUUAAUAAAUAAAAAAUCAAAUUAUACAAAAUUAAUUAGAAUAUUUGCUUACAUACUAAGAUUUAUACAUAAUUGUCAAAAUAAAAAUAAAUUAACUAAUUGCCUCUCUACUACAGAGUUAGGAAAGGCAGAAAACUGUAUAUUACUAUUGGCUCAACAAAGCAUGUUUCCAGAUGAAUACUUUACACUUAAAUCUGGCAAACCUCUUUAUAAUAAGAGUAGAUUAUGUUCCUUGUCUCCAUUUAUAGACAGUAAUAACUUACUAAGAGUAGGUGGUCGUCUUAAUAAUUCUUUUUAUGCCUAUGAUGUCAAACAUCCCAUAUUACUUUGCAGUAAACAUCAUGUUACACAAAUAAUUUUUCAUAAGGAGCAUAUUAAUUUGUUGCAUGCAGGACCUCAGUUGCUUUUGUCUUACAUAAGACAAAAAUAUUGGCCACUGGGGGGGAGGAACCUCGCUAGGCGCGUUGUACAUAGUUGCGUGCGUUGCUUUAGAUUUAAAUCUAGGCCCAUUCAACCCAUUAUGGGAGACCUACCUAGUGAUAGAACUCAUUUAGAAUUCCCUUUUUUGAAAACCGGAAUUGAUUACGGUGGCCCAGUGUUGAUUGCCGACCGUAAAGGCAGAGGUGCUAAAUUGGUGAAAUCUUACAUAUGCAUUUUUGUGUGUUUUGCAGUGAAGGCGCUACACUUAGAGCUCGUCUCGGACCUCUCCAAGGAGGCGUUUCUGGCAGCUCUCUUUCGCUUCAUUUCUCGUCGUGGCAAGCCUCAAACCAUUUACUCCGAUAACGGCACUACCUUCGUCGGAGCUAAAGUCCAAGUGGAGAACUUCGAGCGACAGCUUGCAGCUCGGUGCUUUGGUGCUGGUUCGUGACAGGAGCCAGCCCCCUCUUCUGUGGCAGUUGGGUCGCGUUACCAAGCUGCAUACAGGCCCAGACAACAUUUGCCGGGUUGCUGAAGUCAAGACAAAGAAGGGUGUCAU